AUGGUCGGUAGCACAGUGAAGUCAAAAGAUGAGAAAGCCAAACCAGCGACUCUCGGUAGCUAUGCGGUAGGUUUUGAUAUAUUGAUGGAUCUGUUUUGUCUACUUGUGCUCACAACCCUCCAGAGGAUUCUAUCAUAUGGUGCCUCUCAUGGGGGUAUUUAUAUUAUGAUCCUGGGGCUGGUUUGUGCCAUGGCUUCAGGAAUCGCUCUUCCGUUGAUGAACAUUGUCUUUGGCCAGCUGGUGGGGAACUUCAAUGAGUACUUUAUACCGGGAUCUGGCAUCACAGAGCAAUCAUUCAAGUCCUCGGUCAACCAAGACAGCUUGUAUAUUGUGUAUUUGUUUAUCGGAAAGUUCUGUCUCACGUACACGUCCAUGGUAAGUAUAUUUGUCUACCUCCAUAACUCCGCUGUUACUCAUACGAGACAGAUUUGUUUUCGAUUGACCAGCCUCCGUGCCUCAGGAGCCUUGCGCCUGGAGUACACCCAGGCUCUCUUUUCACUUCCUGUGAGCAAGCUGGACGAAAUGUCGGUCGGAACCGUUACACAUGCGAUCACGGCGCUGUCGAAUACGAUCCAGCAAAGUGUUUCUGAUCGACUCGCCAUUCUUUUCCAGUCACUUGCCUUGCUCAUAGCGGCUUACGCAAUCGCAUUUCGUUAUUCCUGGGCGCUGACGCUUGUUGUCAGUGCGGCCAUUUUAUUUGUGAUCCUUGGCUUUAGCCUAACAAUGCCAUUUUUGGUGAAGGCGCAGCAGAGCGUGGACCAAGCGGAUGAGAAACAUGCAGCUCUCGCUUCAGAAGUAUUCGGCUCUAUUCGAACAGUGUUCUCCCUGGGUGCUGAGCAAUCACUGUUCAAAAAGUAUACACGUUGGGUCCAGGAAUCACGAAAGCGUGGCCUUGGUAUGUCUUUAGUCAGUGGAAUUCACCUUGGAAUGCUCUUCUUUGCAAUGUAUGUCAGCUUCUCCCUGGCCUUCUGGUAUGGGUUGAAGCUGUAUCGCGAAGGUCACAUCGCUAACAUUAAUAUCGUGAUCACGGUCUUCUUUUCCGUGCUCCUCGUGGUCACCAUUUUGGGAGGCAUUGCGUCGCCAUUGAUGGCUAUCACAAAGGCCAUAGGUGCAUCAGGUGCUUUUUUCGGUGUCAUUGAUUCCAAACGGGAUAAUCCACCUGGGGUUCGAGAUCUGGAGGUCUCCCAUGCCGAUAUUGAGUUUGAGAACGUGACGUUUGCCUAUCCCACACGACCGGAAAUGGCUGUGCUUAAGGGAUUUAAUGCACUAUUUGAGCGGAAUAAAACCACGGCUCUAGUUGGAUCCUCCGGUUCCGGGAAAAGCACUAUUGUCGCUUUGAUUGAGCGAUGGUAUGAACUUGAGACCAAGGAAGAAGAUGAGUCCGUGUUGGGUCAUAUUCGUGUGGGAGCUCACAACUUCAAUGACUUAGAUGUGAAGUGGUGGCGAUCUCAGAUCGGACUUGUUCAGCAAGAGCCUUUCUUGUUCAACGACUCGAUAUACAAUAACGUUGCUUUUGGUCUGAUCGGAUCUCAGUUGGAUAAUGGUACGGAGUCCGUGAAGACAGAACUGAUCACCGAAGCUUGCAAGCAAGCCUAUGCAGAUGAAUUUAUUGACCGCCUUCCCAUGGGUUAUUCGACCAUUGUUGGGGAAGGUGGAAUCGCAUUGAGUGGCGGACAGCGCCAAAGAAUUGCCAUCGCACGAAGCAUCGUCAACCAACCUCAAAUUCUCAUCCUUGAUGAAGCGACCAGCUCGAUCGAUGUUCAAGGAGAAAGCAUAGUGCAGGCCGCCCUCGAUCGUGUGUCCAAAGAUCGCACUACAAUUAUGAUCGCUCAUCGCUUGUCCACUGUCCGCCGCGCGGACAAGAUCAUCGUCAUGAAAGAAGGCACAGACAUUGAAGAAGGCUCUCAUGAAGAAUUAAUACUCAAGAAAGGGAUAUAUCAUACCUUGGUUCAUGCGCAACGGCUAGAUCCACUGACAGAUUUAAUGGAUGCUGACGUGCCGCGUUCAAUUUCUUCGCAUAAAGAAGAAGUUGAGCCUCAAUAUCACACUACCAUAGAAGGCUGCGAUCAAAGUUGCCAGAAUAUCCCCGAACGUGAAAGAAACUUCGGCUUUUUCCAUAGCUUUGGGGUGCUCAUUUAUGAAAAUCGUGGCCAUUGGGUCUUAUAUGCACUGACACUGAUCGGGGCUGUAGGGGCCGGUUCUGGGUUUUCCCUACAAAGUUGGCUUUUUGCCAAACUUGUGCAGGUAUUCCAGUUCACUGGCAAUAAGCUUGUGCAGGCUGCAAACUUCUGGGCAUUGAUGUUUUUCAUCCUCGCCCUUGCCAUGGCGACUUUCUAUUUUAUGCUAGGAUUUGCGUCAAAUUCAAUCUCGAUGUUUGUCGUAUCCACUUCUCGGAUGGAUUAUUUCUACAAUCUCCUGUCCAAACCGGUGUCGUACUAUGACCGCGAGGAGCAUUCCUCAGGUAGCCUGGUUUCAAGACUCUCCACUGAUUCGAAGCAGUUGCAGGAGAUGUUUGGUCCUGCUGGUGUUUUCCCAUUCAUAUCGAUCUUCAAUAUCCUUGGAUGCGUUGCAAUUUCCUUCGCCUUUGGAUGGAAGCUGGCGGCUGUUACAUUCUUUGCCGCAAUGCCAUUCAUAUUUCUCUCUGCCUUCAUGCGCAUUCGCUAUGAAAUUAAAUUCGAGAGCCUGAAUGCCGAAGUUUAUGCGGAUAGCUCCAAGUUCGCAACAGAGGCGGUCAGGGCCUUCAGAACUGUCACUGCUCUAACCAUGGAAGAUACAAUUUUGGAAAGAUAUUCAAAUCUGCUGAAAGACCAGCGUCAAAAGGCUAUUCGGAAGGCGUGGUAUGCAACGUUGAUAUUUGCAUUUUCCGACAGUGUCGAGCUAUGUGCUAUGGCUCUCGCCUUCUGGUACGGCGGUCAGCUACUCGCGUCCCGCGAAUAUGACCCAGUUGCAUUUUUCGUGGUCUAUAUUGCCAUUAUCCAAGGCGGCCAAUCUGCUGGGCAGUUCUUCAGUUUUGGCCCAAAUAUUGCUCAGGCUAAGGCUUCUGCCAAUCGCAUUUUGGCUGCACGGCCACCUGCCCAGGAACAGAUUCAGCAUGUUCCGAUGGGGCCACUCUCUUGCUCAGAGGACACCCCUAGUUGCUCCGUUGAACUACAAAAUGUCUCUUUUCAAUAUAGUUCUCGCGAGGUACCAACAUUUGUUAAUUUGAAUCUCGCCAUUGAGAGUGGUCAAUUCGUAGCAUUUGUCGGACCUUCAGGCUGCGGAAAAUCUACGCUUGUUUCGCUACUCGAGCGCUUCUAUGACUGCACUCAGGGAACCAUUCUAUUUGGUGGUCGAGACAUUCGUUCUAUUGAGAUUCCCUCUUAUAGAAGUGCUUUGUCACUCGUCUCACAGGAGCCGAAAUUGUUCGAAGGUACGAUCCGCGAGAAUCUCCUUCUCGGUCUGGAAGCCCCCGAUAAUCCGACUACCGAGGACCAAAUGAUUCAAGCAUGCAAGGACGCCGAAAUUUUUGACUUCAUAGCAUCCCUACCAGAUGGCUUCUUGACGGAACUUGGCGUCAACGCUCAGGCCUCGAUGAGUGGAGGGCAAAAGCAGCGUCUUUGCAUUGCGCGAGCCCUGAUCCGAAAACCAUUACUACUUCUUCUUGAUGAGGCUACAUCCAGUUUGGACUCUCAGUCGGAAAGUGUUGUACAAAGUGCUAUGGAGAGAUUAGCAAGCAAGCGAGACAUGACUAUCAUUGCAGUCGCGCACAGACUGGCAACCAUUCAGAAAGCCGAUGCAAUUUUUGUCUUUGGAGAAGGGGCGUCCUGGCAGGGAUCAAAGAUUAUUGAGUCCGGGACGCAUCAUGAAUUGUUGCGCAGAAAGGGGGCUUAUUGGUUGAUGUGUCAAGCGCAAGCUCUAGACCGGUGA